CUUGUUCUCGGAUUUGUGAAGUGCAUUACCGGUACUCGGGCCCAUUGAUUGGGCAUUACGGAACAGAAUUUGCAUUACAGAGCAUUUCUUGCUUUUGCUCAUCGUUCUUGCUUUUCUGGACUGACGGUUACUAGAUAGAGAUGGCCAAAGUCGUGUCACCCGCAGGCAUCCUCCCUCACAUACCUGACGACCUUACGCUUGCGCAGUUCAUAUUGGAUGCGGAGCAUGUUAGAAAGCCUGUUCGUAAGAAUAAUGCUUGGAUUGUUGAUGACCAGAGUGGUCGAAAGAUUGGGCUUGAGGAGCUCAGAGCUCGGACAUAUGGUCUUGCUAACGCGUUGAGUAUCCGCUACAACAUCCAGGAGGAUCAUGUUGUGUUGAUCUACAGUCCAAAUCAUGUUGAUUAUCUUGUGGCUGCUUGGGCGGCUCACAGACUUGGUGCCGCUGUGUCCGGUGCCAACCCGCUAUUCACAGUUGACGAGCUCGUGUAUCAAAUAAAUACAGUGAAAGCAGCCGUCAUUAUCACGCACCCAGACUCUCUCGAUGUGGCUUUGGCAUCUGCGCAUGCCACUGGUGUAUCCGCGGAUCGUGUCAUUCUUUUUGAUAUCGAGGGUGUUGAUACCGCGCAGAGAGCGACUGUGCAAGUUUUGGUUUCGCAAGGUCUUGCUAGUGCUCCGAACUUUACAGAACGGAAACUUGCUCCCGCUGAGGGGAAGACCAAGGUAGCCUUUUUGAAUUUUUCCAGCGGGACGACUGGUCGCCCCAAGGCUGUUGCAAUACCUCACUACGCGCCGAUUGCAAAUGUCAUUCAGCUUGCUACGCACCACAAAGUCGGUGAAGAUUAUGCCGGACAAAGAUUUAAACCUGGUGACGUAUGCUGCGCUGUGCUUCCUUUAUAUCAUAUCUAUGGACUGGUCUUCAAUGCACAUUAUGCCUUUUUCUGCGGAAUGACGGUUGUUUUGACGGCGAGAUACAACUUUCUAGAUUUCUUGAAGAGCAUAAUCAGGCACCAUAUCACCCAUCUUAUGUUAGUCCCCCCACACAUUGUACAACUGUGCAAGCAUCCAGCCGUCAAGAGUUACGAUUUUAGCCACGUUCGAUACAUCACCUCGGGUGCUGCGCCCCUGUCUCGUGAGGUGAUGGAACAGCUUAUUGAGAUAUUCCCAAACGCCGACUUAGGACAGAGCUACGGCCUUACCGAAUCAUGUACUGUUAUAAGCACUUGGGCGAUGGAUAAGAGAUGUGACUUGAGUGGUGGUGCUGGCCAACUCCUUCCUGGUAUUAUCGGCCGUGUGGAGAGACCGGAUGGUACCCUUGCCGACUUUGACGAACCUGGUGAGCUCGUCGUAAAGACGCAGGCGCUUGCGCUUGGUUAUGCAAACAACCUUGAAGCAACGAAGGAAACUUUCGUAAAUGGAUGGCUCCGUACAGGUGAUGAGGUGAAGAUGAACCGCAAGGGAGAAAUUGUAGUUCUCGAUCGUUUAAAGGAAAUGUUGAAGGUCCGUGGAUUCCAGGUUGCACCUGCCGAGCUCGAAGGGUGUAUUCUGGACCACUCAGACGUGACUGAUACGUGCGUGGUUGGAAUACAAGAUGAAUAUAGUGGAGAAUUACCACUGGCGUUCGUUGUUCUCCACCCUGAAGCCGCCAAACGUGUCGCAGAAAGCCCUCAGGCCGCGGACGAAAUCAAAGCAUCGAUUAUGAAGCAUGUUGUUGAUAACAAAGUUGGCUACAAAAAGCUCGCUGGGGGUGUCGAGUUUAUUGAUGUUGUCCCGAAGAACCCGAGCGGUAAAUUGUUGAGGAGGGUGUUAAGAGAUAAGGCUCGGGAGAUGCGGACGAAGCCCAAAGCGAAGCUAUGACAUGGUGAUCCUCUUUGUGAAUCCACUGUACACCCACAUGUAUCCUUGUUCCAAUAUAAUUAAUUCAUCGCGCCAGACUCAGAGACAUCCCAGGGUUCUGCCAUCAAUCGUAUUGAACGAAUCAUAGUCAUGGUAAGUAUUAGAAGAAGCAAGUUCUGUUUCUUCACUAUGACUUUU